UGCAGCCCUGUUAAAAAAAGCCUUCUGAGUGGACAGUCAGUGUGAGGAGAGACUCGGCGUGAACCUUGUGAAGCCGUUCUCUUCGGUACAUCAGCUGCUGUACCACAAUGUCCAAACCGAAGUUUCAGACGGAGUGGGAGGAAAUUGACGAGGAAUAUCAACAAUUACAGGAAACUCACAAAAUAUACAGACAAAAACUUGAGGAGCUCACCAGUCUUCAGGCAACAUGCAGCAGCGCCAUCAGUAAACAGAGAAAAUGCCUAAAAGACCUGAGGCACAGCUUGACCAAGUGUGCGCAAAAAUGUGAUGAGAAAGAAUUGGAACUGAUAAUGGACAUCAAAACACAAAUCAAAGAUAAAGAAAAUGUGUUCUUUGAUAUGGAAGCAUAUUUGCCAAAGAAAAAUGGGCUGUACCUGAAUUUGGUCCUGGGGAACGUGAACGUAACGCUUCUCAGCAACCAGGCAAAAUUUGCCUACAAAGACGAGUAUGAGAAGUUCAAGCUUUAUAUGACAAUAAUCCUGAUGUUUGGAGCAAUAACCUGCCUCUUCUUUCUCAACUGUCGAGUCACUGAUGAAAUCUUCAACUUUUUGUUGGUGUGGUACUACUGCACAUUGACCAUAAGGGAAAGCAUCCUCAUGAGCAAUGGCUCCAGGAUCAAAGGUUGGUGGGUGUCUCACCAUUAUGUAUCCACCUUUCUGUCAGGUGUGAUGCUUACCUGGCCAGAGGGGCCCAUGUAUCAGAUGUUCAGAAGCCAGUUCCUUGCUUUCUCCAUAUAUCAAAGCUUUGUCCAGUUCCUCCAGUAUUACUACCAGAGCGGCUGCUUGUACAGGCUGCGAGCUUUAGGAGAGAGAAAUCAGCUGGACCUCACAGUGGAGGGAUUUCAGUCCUGGAUGUGGAGAGGCCUCACUUUUCUUUUGCCAUUCCUCUUUUUUGGCCAUUUUUGGCAGCUGUACAACUCAGUGACUCUGUUUCGCUUGGGAGGACGUGAGGACUGUAAGGAGUGGCAGGUAUUUAUGCUGGCACUGACAUUUCUCGUCCUAUUCCUGGGAAAUUUCCUCACUACGUUAAAAGUUGUCCACCAAAAAUUUCAGAAAAACCAGGAAAAGGUGCAAAAAAAUGACUGAGACAAAAACUCACUGAAGACACCUCAGAUUCUUACAAGCGGCCAGUAAUUUUGAAGCAACACGCACAAUCGCUUGAUAGACUGACCACGGUACGAUCAUGCCGGGAGAAGACAAAGCUGAAAACCUCUGUUUCUCUCAGGCUUUGAUGACAGCAGUAGCGUCCAGCCAAAGUGUCUGGCCAACAGGCUUUUGCUUUCUAGUGACUCAUCGUCGGUGUCGCUGCACAAGUUGGUCACGCCACAAAGUGGCGUUCACCUGAUACAGUUUGGCGCUUUACCCUGUACAUAAAAAGCGAGUGGACAGAAUGUGUUUUAUUUGGGUGUUUGUGUCAGUGCAUGAAUCUUGUCAGAGAGCCUUUUGUUCAAAUCAUAUGCAACUAAAAGAGGGCGGGUAGCAUCGAUUUAACAGUACAGAAUACAGUUUGCCUUUUGAAGACCUAAAGUCUGUCAUGUACAUACUUCAAACUUCUGUGAAGUAGUAAUUGUCAAACUGUCUCCAGCUUGAAGAAAAUUGUUCAACUUGGCACUGCGUUUCAUUUCUUGAAUUAUCUAACUUUUUUUUAUGUGUAGUUCUCAACCUUCUGUUGUGCUAUUUCACUACUAACCAGUAUUUUUUUUUUUUUUUUUUUUUUUUUUUUUUUACUAGAUUUUUGUUUUUGGAGAUGAUAAAUGUAGGUCUACAACUUCAGAAAACAUAAACCUGACACUUGACUGCCCAAAAUGACUUCAAAUUCAGAAACAAAUCUCCUUCUGGUGUAUUUUGUCCGUCAAGUCAGUUUCAGCUGUUUUUGCUGUUUUCCUCGAUACAAGGGAACUCAACACUGUUUCUCCCUUCAGACAGCAGUUACAAAAGCCAUAAUUUUUUUUUUUUUGUAUGAUCGAACGCUGAUAAACUCAGUUAUCUGGCAAAGUCACAUGAACGCAGACAUAAAAACUUGUACUGUAUUUACUAAAAUACGGUUGUUCCCAGUGAGGAUUAAAGGAGGUUUUCAUGUGAACUCGGCGGUUACGCUUUUAUGUUCUCAUUAACAUAAUGCUAACAAAUUGUAAUACAUAAUGUAAAUCUUGCUUCGAGCUUAUUAAACAUUAUAUCACAAAGCCCUGAUAUGAGAAGUUCAAAGUUAGUUUAACACUUGAAGAAAAACAACAUACUAUUAAUUCCCAUCUUAUGUGAUGUUGCAGAAAUGUAUUUUGAUCAAAUGCUGCUAUUGGAGCUAGUACUGUAGGACUAGAUACAGAACGAUGAUUAAAACGUGCUGGAUUAUGGGGGUUUUUUUUCUAAUAAUUAAAAAAAAAAAAUCUUUAAAAUCUAAUUCCAAUCAACAUACUAAAUAAAAUAUUUGUAUGAAUUUACUUAUGGCCAAAUCUGGAGCUUUUGCUCUUCACUGUAGUGUAGUCUGGUUCGUGUUUCAUGCUUGUUUGAAAGUAUAACAAAAGGGGUGUUUUGGGGGUUUGGGGUUUUUUUUCAAGCAAAAGUUCAGAUGGGUUCAGAUGAACAGGUGUAGUUGUAGUGUCAGGUCUCUAAUGCCUUAUUCUCCCUUCAGCCUGUCGCAGCAACAAAAAUGUAUUUUGAAACAUCAAAAGAUAGUAGCGUUACAUUUCUGUCAUUUCCCACAAAGCAACCGUGCUGAAGAGAAUCCUAAUAUUUAUGUAUUACUUUUAUUGAGGGAAAAUUGAAGCAUGUUUGAGUUACAGACCAAAAUGUUACAUAUGAUGCGAGAGCUGCCAGAAUGCACAAAACAACUUGAUUUCCUCAUUUUUAUGAUGUAGCUGAUGUUAAACAAUGUUUUCAUGGUUCAUUUCAAGACUGUAACUGGUGCCUGAGUAUGAUCAGUAACGAGACAAUUUCUCAAUCUGUGUACAUUGUUGUUAAAAAAAAUAUAUUAAUAAUUAAACACCUAAUUUAAAAAAAAA